AUGCAACUCUCCAAUCUGCUCGUGGCUAUUGCCGCUGUGGCGACAACGACGACAUGGGCAUUUCCAUCCAUGAAGAUGACUGCGAAUGGCCGCUUCAACCCCGUGGGCAAGAGAGACGUCCAGUUCGCCAUGGAGGAAGCUACUCGAUUGGCCGACUACGUCAAAAGAAUGGACAAACGGCAGGCCGCCGACGGCGGUCCUGCUCCCAAAUUGACGCCUGACCCCAACGACAAGGACCAUCUGUUCCAAGCACCAGGCCCUACGGACCAGAGGGGACCGUGCCCAGGAAUGAACGCUCUGGCGAACCACGGUUACCUUCCACGUAACGGCAUCGUCUCCCUAGUGGACCUCGUCAUCGGCCAGAAGGAGGGAUACAACAUCGACUAUGACCUUGGCGCAGCCCUCGCCGCCAUUGCCGUCUCGCUCGACGGUGACCUUCUCACCACCAAAGUCUCGCUCAACGGAACAGACGACCGCACCGCGCUGCUGGGUGCAGUGCAAGAGCUCAUCUCGCACGAAGGUGGCAUUGCGCACCACAACUCUUUUGAGGGCGACACGUCUCUCACCAGGAGGGACUUCUACCUCAACAACGGCGACAACUGGAGCUUCCAGGGAGAAAUGUACGCCGACAUGCAGUCGUAUGCCAAGAAGUUUGGCGGACCAGAUGCCAUCUACAACGCGACCGUCAUGGCCGAAUACCGAUAUGCUCGCUACCAAGACUCGAGGGCCAAUAACCCGCGAUUUUACUUCAGCCCAAAGGCAUUCCUGCUCUGGGGCGCCUCGUCCUUCGUGUACGAAGCAUUUGCCAAUGCGACUCAAGUGACGACACCCAACGCUUCGUACGCCUACGAAAACUCUGUCUCGACCUUCUUUGGCGCCGUUCCCGACUCGACUGCCCCUGGUGGCUUCCGACACGUUCCUGAACGCUUCCCCGACAACUGGUACCGCCGCGCCCAGCCUUACACACUCCUCGAUGUAGUGGGUCAGGUGGCAAAGCAGUACGGCAAGCACCCGGUUCAAUUUGGCGCCAAUGGCGAAAGAGAAGGUCAGCGAUUCUUCUUCCCCUACCCGGCGGACCCGCAAGAGCCGAAUUCAUUCACCAUUCCCACCAAUGAGGAUGACCUGGCGGGUGCCUGCUGUGCCCUGUUCCAGCUUGCACUCGACUUCAUGCCUGCCGAAAUUGCCUCACCCGUUCUGCUUCUCCAGUCGCAGCUCGACUUCCUCCUGGGCUCGCUCCAACCCACGUUCAAGGACUCGUGCAACUGCGGCGACAACGCUCUCACGGGCACCAGUGACUCAACAACAAAGGACCCCGUCGCAGAAGCAUUGCUUCCUGCACCUGGGCAAGCUGCCCAAAAUGCUGGCAGCAGCGCCGUCAAUGCUGCCAAAGAAAGCGCGAGUUCUUCCUCUUCAUGA